AUGGGAUCUGCACAAAGUCAGGAAGAACAGCCAGAUGUAGUCCGAAUUGAUAGAAGUGAAAUUCCUGAAGAGUACAAAACUGUGGGAGUGUCAUCAGAUGUGGUUAAAAGAGUGAACGCUCAGACUGGUGGUGGUAGUAGUUCUGAAGCCGAACGGUUAAGGGAAGAGCUGGCCCGUGAGCGAGCGGAGAAGGAGCGCUUGAAACAAGAGAUGACCUAUCUCUCCGAGUUACAAAAAAGACAGCAAGCAGACGUCGUUAGUCAGAGCCUGGCUGAUGACUAUGAAGAGAGAAAACGCAUAUUCAACGAAACUCUGGAUCGAGUUGAGGAAAGAUUCUUCCAGUAUCACCGAGAAAAUGUGUGUGAAGAUCACGAGAAGAGUGGAAAUGUACUUACUCCUAUUCCGUCGAAGGAAUUUUAUGAAGUCCGUGAAAUGUUGCUGCCAUAUUCAGUUUCUGAUCCUCAGCAAGCCUGCGUAUUCUUCCCUGGUGUCGAUUUCCUCAAUCUUCACCGUUUUCCUAGCAUCGAUGCUGCGCAUGCAGUAGCGAAUAUGGUCAAUGAAAGAUUUCACAAUGUUCUAAUCUUGACUAUAAUGGGGCAGUGGAAUCACAGUCAUCGUCACAUAAUGGCCAGUCCCAUUAUACCUAUCCAUCUGUAUCGACAUCGUUUGGAUAUAUCGCUACCUCCAUAUUUUGGUAACCUCACUAAAUCUGAGUCACUUUCUCCAUCAGCACGCCACAAUUUACUGGUAAUGUUAUUUAACUCCUCCUCAUCUUUACGGGAAGAAGGCGUCCAGGUGUUUGGUCGCACAAAGGGUGCAACUAUCCUCACUGAGUGCGUGAAUCGCCCGUCUGUGGUAUGUGAUGCUGCCGGAAAAGUCGUAGAUUGGGAAAAGGCGCUCGAGGAAUCCAAGUUUGUCCUGAUUCACGAACGAAUGCCACACUUCAAGUAUGCCCUGUACAGAGCUUUACAGGCAACUGUUAUUCCCGUGAUAUUCACGCCUAAUCAUGUGCUCCCGUUUGCUGAUUACAUCGACUGGCACUUAAUCUCUUUGCGUCCGUCCAGUUUGGCUCGCGUUAAUGAUGUCAUCAACUCUUUGGACAACUCCCGAGUGGAAAGAAUUCGAGAUCAAAUUCGAAAAAUUCGAAACGAGUUCUCAUCGCUGCAAGGUAUCGUCAGUAUGGUAAUACGUGUACUGGAAUCGCGAAUGCUGCCCAUCAAGGCGCGCUCUUAUGAGCAAUGGAAUAUGUUUCCUGAAAGGCCAAUUGCUCUACCUCACAUGGAGCCGGCACCACAGUUGUUAAUGGUGAUUUGGGCCGGCGCAGCAAAUGUCGUUCAAGCUCAACAAGAUCUCCGGCAACUGGUAUCAUCCCAGCUGAUCUCGUCUGUUAUCGUGAUUUGGCGCGAUAAUGACAAUGUUCCAUCAUAUGAUGGCUGGGAAACUGCGAUUCCUGUGGAAAUCGUAACCGGCAUAGAGCGUGUCCACGAUGUGCGCUCGAUCGUAAAACAGAAGAAAACUGACGUUCUGCUGAUUGUUCCGCCAGCUCGAUGUGAUCUCGAUAAAAAAGUGCUGAGAAAAGCUGUUAAUAUUUGGCGAACAGUACCUGAACGAAGAGUUGUGAUCCAUUGUACUGAAUCGCCUAUAUUGACCGCUACUAUUGUGCACAAGUUGCUACUCUCAACUGCACUUAAUACUCCUCAGCUCAUUACUAGUUUCGAACAAGUGUUUGAUUUACUGGAAGUCCAUCCUGCCCUACAUGUCAUUACCCGAGAGCAAGCAGACGAUGUAGUUUGCUGUAAGCUGCCGCGAAAUCUUUUAGCCUGA